CUUCCUCCACCUCUCGCACACUGCGACCACAUCCCAAAGUAGCACCUGCCGCAUGCACAUGGUUGGGAUAGCAACCGCCCAAAUGUGCACGCGAAGCAUAUGCGGUGCAAUUGUUCAGCUGCGGCUGCACCUCCGCCCUGCCUCGGUGGUCGUCUUGUUGUCCUGCCACCAGCACAUGCAUCACCAACCUCUUGUCGGCAUCAUCUUUAUAUUCCUGCCACCCCUUUCGUCCUACACAUAAACCCCCUUGGAAUCCUCUUGGAUGCACUAUCCUUCUCCUGCUUACGCAUCCAAAGGUUACACCAUGAGGGCCACUCUCCUGACCGUAGGCGCUUUCGCCAGCCUCGCGGCCGCCAAUAUCAAUUUCCAUUGGGUGAACCCAACCUGCGUAUUCGCUCAGCACGAUGACACGCAGUGCUUGACCGGCCAGCAUUGCGCCCAAGGCGAUGUCUGCAAGUACAACGAGAACAACCUGCAGCAGGUAUCACGAUCUUUCCCCGGCCGUGCCCCUGUCAAGAGGCAGAACCAGAAGUACUCCACUGACGGCCAGUGCGGUCCGGCGCACAACAACCUCCUCUGCGACCCGGCCAGCACAGUAUACGACGGCAAAUGCUGCAGCUCGUACGGAUGGUGUGGAAGUACCGCGGCGCACUGCGGCGACGGUUGCCUUUCUGGCGAAUGCACUACCAACACCACUCCCGCCAACCCCGUGGAUACCAAGUCCCCUAAUGCCGCUGCUCCUCGUGAUGAUGGCCGCUGUGGAAAGGACUUCGGAGGCGCCACCUGUGACGCUAAGGGCGCAUACGGAGGAUGCUGCUCGUCUUAUGGCUACUGCGGUUCAACUGAUGGCCACUGCUUGGUAGCCAACGGCUGCCAGAAUGGCUGCACCGACGGUGCCGCUACCUCUGUUGCUCCUGUCCAAACUGCUUCGGCUACCCGACCCCCAUCCACCACUACUUCUGGCGAGCCUGUCCUUGGUAAGCCCUCGACCUCGUCCACUGCUCAGCCCACUGGCAAGGUCACCGUCGACGGCAGCUGUGGUGCCACCUUUGGCAACACCGUCUGCGGAAACUGGGCCCAGGGUUCCUGCUGCUCCAUGUAUGGCUACUGUGGUAACACCACCUCUCACUGCGGUGAGGGAUGCCAGUCCGGCCCUUGCACGAACGGCCCAGUUGUUGCUGCUCCCAAGGCCAGCCCCGCCCCCGCGGCCGCAAAGCCCGGAACUCUCGUUAAGAAGGGACGCUCUGGUGUCCCGGCUAUGCACGCCGGUCUCAUGCCCAACGGCAAGGUCGUCUUCUUGGACAAGGUCGAGAACUACACCGAACUCAAGCUCGGUAACGGACAAUACGCUUACUCCUCCGAGUACGACCCGAACACGCAGAAGCUUACUCCCCUUUCUUACAAGACUAAUGCUUUCUGCUCUGGUGGUAUCUUCUUGGCCGACGGACGCUUCGUAUCUCUUGGUGGAAACGCUCCUCUUGACUUCAUCGACCCCACCGUUGGCGACGGUUUCAAGGGUAUUCGCUACCUCAAGCGCUCUGCUACCGAUGCUUCUCUCGACGGACAGGGCUGGAGUGAGCCCGGCGCCCAGCUCAACACUGCUCGCUGGUAUGCGUCUGUUCAGAUCAUGCCUGACAACAGCAUCUUCGUCGCUUCCGGAAGUUUGAACGGUCUCGACCCCUCAAAGCCUGAGAACAACAACCCAACCUACGAGAUCUUGAACGCCGAUGGUACUCCCCGCGGCAAGAGCACCAACAUGGAGAUCCUGUCCAAGAACCAGCCCUACUACAUGUACCCGUUCAUGCACUUGCUCAACGACGGCAACCUUUUCGUCUUUGUCUCCAAGUCUGCUGAGAUCUUCAACGUCGGUGGAGGCAACGUUGUUCGCACUCUUCCUGACCUGCCCGGCAGCUACCGUACCUACCCCAACACCGGUGGUUCCGUCAUGCUUUCUCUUUCCAGCGCGAACAAGUGGAGCAACGACGUCGUCAUCUGCGGUGGAGGUCCCUACCAGGACAUCAGCGCCCCUGGCGAGGCCUCCUGCGGACGCAUCAACCCCCAGGCCGCCAACCCUUCAUGGGAGAUGGAGGCCAUGCCCGAGGGUCGCGGUAUGGUUGAGGGUACUCUCCUCCCCGACGGCACUGUCAUCUGGGUCAACGGUGCUCAGGAAGGCGCCCAAGGCUUCGGCGUUGCCCGCUCGCCUGCCCUCGAGGUCCUGAUCUAUGACCCCGCCCAGCCCGUCGGCAAGCGCUUCACGACCGGCCCCAAGUCGGACAUCGCGCGUCUCUACCACAGCGUCGCGCUUCUCCUCCUCGACGGUACCCUUCUUAUUUCGGGCUCCAACCCUGUCGAGCAGCCCAUCCUCAAGGCCAGCGCACAGAACCCCUUCGUCACCGAGUUCCGCAACGAAAUCUACACCCCCCCUUACCUGCAGGGCAACCCCACGCGCCCCACCGGCGUCGCGCUCAAGACUAAGAACCUCAAGGCCAACGGCGGCACACUCGAGAUCAGCUUCUACGCCCCGCCCAACGCGAAGGAGGUCAAGGUGAGCCUGUACUAUGGCGGUUUCGUCACGCACUCUGUGCACAUGGGCCACCGCAACCUGUUCCUCGACGUGGCCAACUUCAAGCCCGGCCAGAAGAACCAGAAGAUCAACGUCACGCUGCCGCCGAACCGGAACGUCGCGCCUGCGGGUCCGUACGUGGUGUAUAUUCUUGUGGAUGGCGUGCCGUCGGUGGGCCAGUUUGUCCAGGUGUCGUAGGGCGGUUAGUUGGCUUGGCUCUAGAAACCUACCCCAGAGCAUCGCAUCCUAUUACUUCGCCUUCUAGUAUAUUCUUUGUGCGAUUUUGGUUGAGGCUAACCGAAUUGCAUGAGGGAAGGAAGUGUAAUUUAGACCAAUAGAGCUGAUUUGGUCGACAAGGUCAUUUAUCUGCAUGGCCCUUUGUUUUCCUUUGUAUACGAGCAUAUGUGUACGUAGAUACUGAGUGACGUCUCGCGAUGUCUUGAAUGGAUUGGAAAUCUUAGAGUAAUGAUGAAUGCGGAAGGCUUUGCGUAAUUCCUGUAGCGAGUGAGGAGAUUUGCUGUGCUGCGGUAUGUAUGAUGUCGCGCCGGUGUCUGGGUACCUGAUCGCAGACCAUCAGAUUAGAUGCGAAUGUAGGUACACGC